UCCCCGGCGUCCGCCUGCUGGGUCUUGGGAAUUCUGCUUCGCCGUGGUUCACUCGCUUUCACAAACCACUGGAUCUUACCUGCCUCUGUCCCCCCUACUUCCACUCCAUGCCCGCAGGCGACCGCGCCAGCAACAGGACAUGUUCUCUGGAUGUCAGCCGAGUUACUGAGCUAACUCUGCAUGUCAUAGGCAGACCUUGCUAGAACAUCAAGGCUCCUGGAGACCCCCAUCUCUCCUCAUUUUUUUUGGUGUGUGUCCUCACUGAACAUUCAAAACUGUUUCUCCAAAGGGUUUUGCAAAAACUCAGACUGUUUUACAAAGCAGAAGCAGCACUGGCGUCCACAGCAGAAGCAAUGGGCAGCGUGCGAACCAACCGCUACAGCAUCGUGUCUUCAGAAGAAGACGGCAUGAAGCUGGCCACCAUGGCGGUGGCAAAUGGCUUUGGCAAUGGCAAAAGUCAAGUCCACACUCGCCAGCAGUGCAGGAGCCGCUUUGUCAAGAAAGAUGGCCACUGCAACGUGCAGUUCAUCAACGUGGGCGAGAAGGGACAGCGGUACCUGGCCGAUAUUUUCACCACCUGCGUGGACAUCCGCUGGCGGUGGAUGCUGGUCAUCUUCUGCCUGGCCUUUGUGCUCUCCUGGCUGUUUUUUGGUUGUGUGUUUUGGUUGAUAGCUCUGCUCCAUGGGGAUCUGGAUGCAUCAAAAGACAGCAAAGCCUGCGUGUCUGAGGUCAACAGCUUCACGGCCGCCUUCCUUUUCUCCAUUGAGACCCAGACCACCAUCGGCUAUGGCUUCAGGUGUGUCACGGACGAGUGCCCCAUCGCCGUGUUCAUGGUGGUGUUCCAGUCUAUCGUGGGCUGCAUCAUCGACGCCUUCAUCAUCGGCGCCGUCAUGGCCAAGAUGGCCAAGCCCAAGAAGAGAAAUGAGACUCUUGUCUUCAGUCACAACGCCGUCAUCGCCAUGAGAGAUGGCAAGCUGUGCCUGAUGUGGCGAGUGGGCAACCUCCGGAAGAGCCACUUGGUGGAAGCUCACGUCCGAGCCCAGCUCCUCAAAUCCAGAAUCACCUCUGAAGGGGAAUACAUCCCCUUGGACCAGAUAGAUAUCAACGUUGGCUUUGACAGUGGGAUUGACCGGAUCUUUCUGGUCUCCCCCAUCACCAUCGUCCAUGAAAUAGAUGAGGACAGUCCUUUGUAUGACUUGAGUAAACAGGACAUCGACAAUGCAGACUUUGAAAUCGUCGUGAUACUGGAAGGCAUGGUGGAAGCAACCGCCAUGACCACCCAGUGUCGUAGCUCCUACCUGGCGAAUGAAAUCCUCUGGGGCCACCGCUACGAGCCUGUGCUCUUCGAGGAGAAGCACUACUACAAAGUGGACUAUUCCAGGUUCCACAAGACCUAUGAAGUCCCCAAUACCCCUCUCUGCAGUGCCAGAGACUUAGCAGAGAAGAAAUAUAUCCUCUCUAAUGCAAAUUCAUUUUGCUAUGAAAAUGAAGUCGCUCUCACUAGCAAAGAGGAAGAUGACAGUGAAAACGGGGUUCCAGAAAGCACCAGUACGGACACACCUCCCGAUAUAGACCUUCACAACCAGGCAAGUGUGCCUCUAGAACCCAGGCCCUUACGGCGAGAGUCGGAGAUAUGACUGGCUGAUUCCUCCUCUGGAAUAUUUACUUUCAACACAGUCUGUUGGUCAAAGGCCCAGAACAGUUAUUCAGACGACGGUACUGGUGAAGAGGUGGGUCGAGGCAAGGGACGGUGAGGCCCCGCGGCUGGCACUGUGGUGUCAAAGACUGUAGGCUCGAAGGAAAGCCCUCCACACGCCUCCCCGUGACCUGAUGGCACAUAGAUGUUGUAGAAUAAGUUAUGGUUUUUUUUCAUGUCUCGUUUUGUGUUUUUACAAAACUUGAACUUGCAGGCAAGCCUUGGUGGGGUAUUUCACUUCUCCAGAAUGCUUCUCUUUAGGGAACAAGAAUGUUUUUAAUGGCAUAACAAAGGCAAGACUCUGCCUUAAUUUUUGAAAAGCUGCUAACUACAUGAACACAGAUUGUAUUUUUGUUGCAGUGUAGUUUUUCUUUCGUGUAAUUUAAAAGUCAGUGUUGAACUUCGUUGAAAGCUCAUGAUACGCGCUGCAAAGUGGCAAGUAUUUGGCUAUUAGCUGCCAAAACGAGAGGCCAGUGAUUCCUUUGCUAGAAUUGAUUUUCUCUCUCUUCGGUUACAUAAGGGCAUUAUGUAACUCUAGCCAAAUGGUAGCCUCUGGCUUGUUGUUAUUGGUUUUACCCCACCCCCCCUCCAUGAUGUUAAUGGGUUAUCUCAAAUUUUGAGUUAGACUACCUACAAACAAAUACCAAAGAUAAUGCACAUUUUUGCACAGUGGAGCUAACACUACAAAGGAAGGAAGGCCCUACAGGGCUGCCUUGAAAUCAAGAGACAGUAACCUCAGUGUGACCUUGAACUACUCUCUCCUCUUGCACCUUAUUCAGAAAAUACAACAUCAGGCACACAGUCUAGUGAGUGUAGUGUUUUUAAAAUUUUGUUCUGUCGUGUAACUUUUGUGUUCUAGACGAAGAAAUAGGAAGUCUCACUUGCAUACACAACCACAAUCGUAAACAUCAUUUUUUGCUAGGUCAUGGUGGCUAGGCUGAAGCAUACAUUGAG